AUAAUUGUUGUUGUUGAUACAAUACAUAGAUAGAUUUAGGAGAUGAUGAAGAACAAAAACAGUAAUAAUGGUGGAUCAGCCGCCGACGAAGAAAUAUUUGCUGCCUGUGAUUUCCCUAGUCUUGGCCUUCAUCCUGCUUUAUGUGACCAAAUCCGAGACAGAAUGGGAUUUCAAUCACCUACAUUAAUUCAAGCUCAAGCUAUUCCCCUUAUCCUCUGCGGCAAACACGUGCUUGUUAAUGCUGCUACUGGCACCGGAAAAACUCUGACUUACCUGGCUCCUGUCAUUCAUCGAUUGCAAAACCGCCAACCUAGAAUUCAGCGUGCUGAUGGUACUUUUGCUCUGGUCCUUGUACCUACACAUGAGCUAUGCAUGCAGGUUUAUGAAACUUUGCAGAAACUGCUGCACCGCUUCCAUUGGAUUGUUCCCGGUUAUAUUAUGGGCGGCGAAAACAGGUCCAAAGAGAAAGCCAGGUUGCGCAAAGGAAUAUCCAUUCUUGUUGCAACUCCCGGGCGUCUCCUGGAUCACUUAAAGCACACGUCGUCAUUCGUACAUAAGAAUUUGUGCUCGAUUAUCUUUGAUGAGGCGGACAGGAUUCUGGAACUAGGAUUUGGUAAAGAGAUAGAGGAGAUACUUGAUAUUUUGGGUUCAAGGCCGCACAUAUCUGAAAGUAAAGAUACUGAAUCCGUGAGGCAAAAUUUGCUCUUGUCAGCCACCUUAAAUGAAAAGGUCAAUCAUCUAGCAAAUAUUAGUUUGGACAAUCCAGUUAUGAUUGGUAUCGAUAGCAAGCAGAUACAAUCAACCAAUAAGAAAGUUUUGCUGUUAGAUAAUGCUAUUGAAAAAUUAGAGAAUUCUGGUAAACUAUCAAUUACCUCAAACGGUGAAUAUACACUUCCCGCUCAACUGAAUCAGAGAUAUGUGAAAGUGCCUUGUGGUUCUCGCCUUGUGGUGCUACUUUCUGUUUUAAAGAAUCUAUUCACCGGAGAAUCGUCACAAAAGAUUGUGGUAUUCUUCUCAACAUGUGAUGCAGUAGAUUUUCAUCAUGCACUCAUCAGUCAAUUUCAUGGAUUAUCAAAUUUGAAAUCAGAUACAGAAACGAAAGAGCUAUUUGUGAAAUGUAACAUUUUAAGGUUACAUGGAAACAUGAAGCAUGAGGAUCGUGUAAAAACUUUUAAUGCUUUUAAAACCGAAAAAUCGGCUCUUCUUUUGUCCACUGAUGUUUCUGCAAGAGGCUUAGACUUUCCAAAAGUUCGAUGCAUUAUACAGUAUGAUUCCCCCGGGGAGGCGACUGAAUAUGUUCACAGGGUUGGAAGAACUGCUCGUUUGGGUGAAAAGGGAGAUUCUUUGUUAUUCCUGCAACCCAUUGAAGUUGAUUACCUGGAAGAACUAGAGAAACAUGGUGUAUUGUUAAAGGAAUACGCACUCCUCAAACUUUUGGAUGGUUUCCCAUUACAUGGUCCGAAACAUCACACCAAAAAGUUUGUUUCUAUUGAGAUGCAUCCGUGGGUGCUUUUGCUCCAGAAGUCUCUUGAAUCUUUCAUUUUUAGCGAGGCCAAGUUAAAGAAGCUAGCACAGAAUGCAUUUUGUUCAUGGGUUCGUGCGUACAAUGCUCAUCGUGGGGAGUUGAAGAGUAUAUUCAUGGUGAAAAAGCUUCACUUGGGACAUGUGGCUAAAAGUUUUGCACUCAAGGAGCAGCCUUCAUUGGUGGGCAGAUCAGUACAGAAGAAGCAUACAGAAAAAAGGAAAAGAGACCAAAAAACGCACAAAGUGAAGGAAGGUUUGAAAAGGAAGAGAAUGAUGGCUAACGAGGGAGACUGAGUUGGCAAGAAAGAAUAUCUAUAUAUAUCUAUAUAUAUAUAUAUAUAUAUAUAUUUAUAGCUCUAGGAUGAAGAAGACUGGAGAUGAUUAAUUAUGUGAGUAGGGUCAGGAGUAAGCUGUAUCAAAGUGCAAGCAGAUGGAGAACUGGACCCAUCUCAAUCAUGCAAAUUUUGGUUUGACUAAUUUGACAAGGUGUUGGGGCAACUGAAAGUACACCAAAUUGUUAUGAGAAAUGCAGGUGAUCAGUUUUGCUUAUGUGCUCUUCGUAUUUUAUAUCUGUGCUACAUUAUAAAACAUUUAUUCCCUUUUUUUUUUUUUUUCAAUUUGGUAGUUGAUAACUCCAAAAUGUCCUCUUAUACCUUCAAUGAAAUUAUUUACAACUUAACCUCAACCUUUUAAAAUAA